CCACAAUCAACUCUGAUCGUUCAUCGUUUCCCAACUCCCACGCUUCUACACAAUCGCCGGACAUCAAUAUACUGAAUAAGCAUUGCCGAAGAGAUUUAUCAAUUAUGGUUCAGUUGAAGAAGAAGCUUUCCGGCCAAAUGAGAGUGAAAUCGAUUCCUCCGUUCGCCGGAUCAGGGGACCUGCCGGAACCCGACGUCUACGUUAUCGCCUCCGGCGGAGUGCGCAUCCCGGCGCAUUCUAAGAUAUUGGCUUCGGCAUCGUCGGUGAUGGAGAACAUAAUAGAGAGGGCGCAAAAGCACCGGAGCACCGAACGGAAAGUUCCAAUGCUCGGCGUUCCAUACGACGCCGUCGCCGUUUUCAUCCAGUUUCUUUAUUCCUCCAGGUGCAGCGAGGAGCAACUGGAGAAAUACGGUAUUCACCUGCUGGCGUUAUCGCACGUCUACUUGAUACCACAGCUGAAGCAGAGAUGUACAAAAGGAUUAGCGAAAAGAGUGACCGUUGAGAAUGUGGUGGAUGUAAUUCAGCUGGCGAGACUGUGCGACGCGCCCGAUCUCUACCUCAAGUGCAUAAAGUUGUUGUCCAACAACUACAAGGCUGUUGAGGCUACCGAGGGAUGGAAGUUCUUACAAAACCACGACCCCCAUUUGGAGCUCGAGAUUUUGCAAUUCAUCGAUGAAGCUGAAUCGAGGAAAAAGAGGGCGAGGAGGCAUAGGGAAGAGCAGAGGUUGUAUGCACAACUAAGUGAAGCAAUGGAUUGUCUUGAGCAUAUAUGCUCGGAAGGGUGCACGACUGUCGGGCCGUAUGAUAUGGAUCUGAGCAAGCAUAAGGGCCCUUGUAGCAAGUAUUCGACGUGCCAUGGAAUUCAGCUUCUGAUUAAGCAUUUCGGAACUUGUGAGAAGAGGGUUAACGGUGGAUGCUCGCGUUGUAAGCGGAUGUGGCAGCUUUUCAGGCUGCACUCGUCCAUCUGUGACCAACCUGAUGAAUGCAGAGUUCCCCUGUGCAGACAAUUCAAGUUGAAGGCACAACAAGACCGACGAGUUAAUGACUCCCGGUGGAGAUUGCUAGUGAGAAAGGUGGUGCGAGCCAAAACCUUCUCUUCAUUGUCUAUCCUCAAGAGGAAGAGAGGAGAGGAAGCAAGAAUGGGAACGUAUCGUCAAGGAGUCAGAAGCUUCCCUUUAGCUCGAUGAACAUGAAUGCAUCUUUUUCGUGUGCUAAACUAGACUUGUGGUGAAAUGAGUAAAUUAAAAUAUGUAAAAAGUGCUAGUUGUUAUUAUUGUGCUUGUACCAUAGUCGCAUUUUCUCCCCUCCUUUUUGUUUAUGGGUUGGUAGCAAGCAAUGAGAUAGGAAGCCAACUAUGCGAUGGGGACCAAAAUCAUAGUAAUAGUGUUGUGGAUAUUGAUGAACGGCUUUGUCAAUCUACUUUACUUUAUUUUGUUAAUA